GGAGCUAUUGUACACAGAAAAAGAGGGGAUGGUUUUGCUUAUACAUCGCGAGAACCCCACAGUGUCCAGGAAUCGCUCGCGGGCUUUAGUGGGAGGGUGCGGGCUCGUGGACACGCCCCCCUCACAGAGCCUUUGCCAGCCCACCUCGCCACACACCCUUGCGGGUCGUAGCUGCAGGAUUCAGAUCUUGAGGCAGGUUGUUGGUGCUUGAGCUUGCUGGUCAAGUUUUUGUUUUUAAAGAUAAAUUUAUAUCCCGCUCUUCCCGCAAGAAGCCCAGAGCGGCCAGCGUGACUCUAGGCACGAGCAGUCCGGAGUGUGGAAGAAGUAGGAGGACGACACUGACUGAAUAGUGGCUCUCCCCAAACUGCCUAGGAGUCUGUGACUGUAUUGAGGUUUUAAUGGGGGUCUUCCCAUAAUUUACAACUACCCACUAUUUACAACUACACCACAGCACCCUUAGGGAUGCGAACUUUGCACACAUUCAUCCAUUCAGUCAAAAUAAGUUUCUUCCUCUGUUUAUGUAACUUGACAUAUCUUUUCCUCUUCCAUCUCUGCCUUUUGAGGGGCAGGCAGUUAAAAUUAGUAGAGAAACAGUUUUGUUUGAAACUUGCUGUGUCCUGCAUUCAGCUGUGAUAUGUGACUGGAUUAGGUUACGUUUAUUGACUUGGUCAUUGCAAGUAAAAUUAGUCAUUGCAAAGUUAAAAGGAAAUAAAAAAUAAACCACUAACACACAUGGGGGGAAACGUAAUCAAAUUACAAUUAAAAACACCAUUAAAUAAUAUUUCCAAAACACUAUCAGACAAACUGAUUCCUCACAAUUAACACUUUGCUUAUAAAUGUAUUGCUGAUUUUUUUUUGUGCUGCUAGAACAAAAAUAGCAAUUUUAACUUUAACAAAACUUUACCUUUUGCACCUAUGUCUGAAUUAGAAAAGUAACACAGUUUCAGACUUCUCCAUAGCAGAUAUUCCAUUGAGAAUAUCACACACAAAUCUUGGUUUAGUCAAGGCCUAUAAUGAGUGAAGUACAAUAAACAAGGUCCUCUACCUUAGAAUUUGGAGAGAGAUAAAUUAUUUUCCCUCUCACACAACACUAGAACCAGGGGUCACUCCAUGAAAUUGAUUGCCAGGAGGUCUAGGACCAACAAACGGAAGUACUUUUUCAUGCAACACGUGAUCCACUUGUGGAACUCUCUGCCACAGGACGUAGUGACAGCCAACAACCUGGAUGGCUUUAAGAGGGGUUUGGAUAACUUCAUGGAGGAGAGGUCCAUCAAUGGCUACUAGUCGGAGGGCUGUGGGCCACCUCCAGUUUCAAAAGGCAGGAUGGCUCUGAGAACCAGUUGCAGGGGAGUAAUGGCAGGAGAGAGGGCACGCCCUCAACUCCUGCCUGUGGCUUCCAGCAGCAUCUGGUCGGCCACUGUGAGAAACAGGAUGCUGGGCUGGAUGGGCCUUGGGCCUGAUCCAGCAGGGCUGUUCUUAUAUUCUUAUGUUCUACCACAUUUAGAUCACAAAUGCAUGGGUGACAGUUCAUGGGGGUACUUUGCAUACUUUCCCUUUAAAUAUGCAGAUACAACAAACAGAUUGUUUGGAAGUGAGUAGCUUUGAAUUCAUUUCUUCAAGGAAAGUCAGUUCAAACAGUUAUGUUGUAAUUUUUGAAGAAACCUGCACCAUAGGGACGACCUCAUUAUUGAUGUUCUCUUCAUCUUUCCAAAAGGCUAAAUCUUUGAUCUUAAUUUGCUUCCUUUCAGUGUUCAUAGAAACAUAGGAAGCUGCCAUAUACUGAGUCAGACCAUUGGUCUAUCUAGCUCAGUAUUGUCUACACAGACUGGCAGCGGCUUCUCCAAAGUUGCAGGCAGGAGUCUCUGCCAGCCUUAUCUUGGAGAAGCUAGAGAGGGAACUUGAAACCUUCUGUUCAUCUCAGAGUCCCUGAGGGGAAUAUCUGACAAUGCUCACAUGUGGUCUCCCAUUCAUUCAAAUGCAACCAGGGUGGACCCUCCUUAGGGGGACAAGUCAUGCUUGCUACCACAAGACCAUCUCUCCUCUCUAAGGCAGCACCCUUCAGUUCAUCAGGACUUAUUUUAUCUUUGUGUAACGAAGGUACACUUCUGUUGUCCAGAUCUUGCUGCUGUUCUGAGCUAUGUGCUAAAGAAUUUCAGUAAUCUGUCUGCUUCCAUAUUAUAUAGUAGUUGUACUAGACUAAAUAAACAUGAGCGUGUAGCCAAAAGGUACAAUAAGAACCCCUCCUUUUCUAAAGGCUUUAUACUAAAAUGGCUUCCUGUUUGUGAAUAGUGAUCUCUAGUUUAAUAAAGGAGCCCUUUUGCUAGCAGAGCACCAAAAAGUGAAAGUAGGAAGGCUAAAGAUUAUUCUGAAUGCUUUGUAUACAUUUAUGGGGAUAGAGGGAAUUUACUAUAUUGGCAUUUAUAUUGCACUUUUAUUACUGUGCAUACCAUCCAGCCGAAGUUAAGCACUUAUAACUUCAUUGAUUUCAGUGGCAGUAAAUGAAACAUGUUCUUCACUCAUUCACCUGAAUCAAUGGGAAAGGGCUUAAAUGUGUCUGGGUAACUUCCAGUAUAUGUUGUUCAAAGCAAAUAGUUUUGUUAACUACUCAAAUUUGCAGGAAGAGUUCAGUUCAUAUAGAAGAAUAAUAUAAUGGAUAUGUUGAAAUCGUGAAAAUCAUUCAGUCACCUUAAAUUAUAAUUGUCACUAGCUUUUUUGCUCUGUUUUCAGAAUGAGACCUUCAGGGUGUUGUCUUCAAUUGACCUGGUAUGAAUACUGGAAAUUCCAUCAGUUAAACCAUUUCCAAUCUUUUUAUAGGGAGAGCAGUGACUUGGUACUGAAGACUCCGGAGGGGAAACUAUCAAGGUUACAUGAUGGAGAUGCAAGUGUUCUCGGAGCCUGAAGAUGAUGCUUGCAACACCAGAAGGGAUCAUUUAGGUGCUUCUGACUGUGCCUCUGACAUUGGUCUCCUGAUGGAAGUAGAGGAAGACUACCUCCCACCUUCUGCUCCUGAUAGCAAUUCUGAUGCACCUUCAGGUAGAUUGGAUCUCCCUCCAAAACCACCCUGUAAAGAAGAGGAAAACUCAUUGAAAUUGUUUUUAAAAGCGUCAACCUAUUUCCGACAAUGGGAUUCAGCCACAUCUGGUGUCUAUGUCCCUGCUGGCAACAAUUAUAACUUGCACUUUGAAGGUAAGAAACAUUUGAAGGAUCUACCAAAUUUAAGGGAAGAGGAGGACAACUUUAUCAUCCUUAUUAACUCAUCUGAUGAUGAGAAUUUGCCGCCCCUGCUGGGCAAAUUUUUGCAUGACCGGAGCAGGAAAAAUGAAAAACCUUCUCAAGGUCUCAGUGGCUUUCAGGAGCACAGGCAUUCAUACUGGUGCCAUAUUUGUGGCAAAGAAUUUUUCCGUGCAGCUAACUUACGAAUGCACAAACUGACCCAUUCUACUGACAGACCACACAAAUGCCCAGAGUGUGGCAAGGGUUUCAUUCGCACUGCUGACGUCUGGAGGCAUCUCCACAGCUUGCACAAGAUCGAGCGUUCCAGUGUUGUUUUUGGAAGUGCUAACCUCAAAAACCCCUGGUCUGUACUGCAGCAGAAUCAAGAUGACAGCAGGAACUUGAGAGAACUAGACUCUGCUAUCGGGAACCCUGUAGCAAAAGGUUCAAACCGGUACCUCUGUCAAAUAUGUGGCAAAGAUUUUGGUAAAGCUAACUUGCUCUCCAAACACAAGCUGAUCCACCAGCAGGAAAAGCCAUACAAGUGCAAAGAAUGUGGCAAAGCCUUCAUCCAACUGACUAGGUUAAAAAGGCAUCAUCAGACACAUACCAGAAAAUGCCCUUUCUCCUGUGAAGCAUGUGGUCAAGCCUUUGCAUGCCUAGAUUUACUCCAGCGCCAUCAACGUAUCCACACGGAGAGAAACCCUACUCGUGUGCCUGCUGCGGUCUGUCUUUCUCCGAGUCAGCCACUGUGAAGAGGCAUGAAUAUACUCACAAAGUAAUCCAAUUAUAGUGCUUGACACCAAAAGUGGAGUGUGAGGGUGUGUGUAAAAACGUGCUAUUGAGAAACCUCAACACUGCAAGCAUUAGGGAUGUGCAUGAAUCAGUUUUUUGAUUUGAUUUGUGCCCGAAUCGAUUCACCCCGAUUUGUUUUGUGUCCAAAUCUGUCACCCCAAAUCACCCCAGAUUUGAUUUGGAUUUGAUUCAGAUUGAUUCAGACCACUUAUAAAGGUCCUAGGGGCACCAAAUUUGGGUGGUGGGUAGGUCCCCAUGGGUGCCAUCUAACACCCAAAUUUCAAGGCAGUGGGGCACUUGGUUGAUUUUUAAUGAUCUCUUUUUUUAGUUUUUACUGAUUUUGUAUAUUUCCACCAUAGGAAAUAACGGGGAUUCGAAGUUGCCCUAUCCUAACCCUAACAUGGAUCACCAGCUUUAAUUUUUUUUUUUUUAAGCUAAGCUUGUAGAAGUGGAGUUAUGGCGCAAAAUGUGCUGUCACUAUUUUUUAAGUGUUUUGGAGUCUUUGGUGUAUAAUAACUUUUCCUCAUAAUGAAUCCCUAUGAGCUGUAAUGACCUGCCUUGGCUGACUGCCCAGCAGCUGCCAAAAAACCACCCUUUUCAGAGGGGAAGGGAGAGCCGACAGACAGGAACAGAGAUGGAGAGUAGUCAAAACGUUGCCAGAAGUCAAGCACCGGGAAUUCCACAGGGAUUCUGCUCUUUCCAGAGUGGCUCCAUCCCCGGAGGGGAAUAUCUGACAGUGCUCACACCUCUAGUCUCCCAUUCAUAUGCAACCAGGGCAGACCCUGCUUAGGUAAAGGGACAAGUCAUGCUUGCUACCACAAGAUCAGUUCCAGAUUUCUAGGUCAAGGUUGCUCACGGUAGGGCUGGUCACCACGGACAUUGUUUCCAGCACAGAACCAGCUUUCAGGCUUCUCUAGGCAGUGUUCUGAGGGCCUUGUCAGGGAAGUGCAGCCGGGUCAAAGCUGGAACUCCUGUUCUGUUCUGGCCAGCCUCUCCGCCCUACGGCAUUCCUCCCUCUGAGUCUGUACUCUGGCCAAACAUCAGGAGGAGGGAGGGAAGGAUGCAGAGGGGCCUGUCAGCUCUGGUUCUGCUGAGCUGACUGGAGCUUCAGCCUCCUUCUGCUCUGGGUCUUCAUCUGAGGAAUCCUCCUCCACGACCCCCAUGGGAGUCAUCACAUGAGGAUUAAUUGCACACCUUCAUUUCUUCUGUUCAUUUUGACUGUCAUUAGACAGUGCCAACUGUCAACUGCCAUGUGCCAACUAUACCCCCCCCCCCACACACACACACCUGCAAGGGAGUGGGGUACUCAGUUUAUUUUUUAGGAAUAUUGAAGUGUUUAGAUUAUUUGGUGUCUAAUAACCUUUCCUCAUAAUGAGUCCCUAUGAGGAUUCAUUACACACCUUCAUUUCUUCUGUUCAUUUUGACUGUCUUUGGACUGUGCCAACUGUCAACUACUGGGGUACUCAGUUUAUUUUUUUAAUGAAUUUUUGAAGUGUUUAGAUUCUUUGACAUCUUCAUUACACACCUUCAUUUCUUCUGUUCAUUUUGACCCCACUGCUUUGCGGGUGGGGGUGGGGAAUUAGGGGCAUCCCAUGGGCCAACAAGCCACAAGCCACUGGGUAGUCAGUUUGUAUUUUAUGAAUUUUUGAGGUGUUUAGAUUCUUUGGUGUGUAAUGAAUCCUCCUAGGGAUUCCUUAUGAGGAAAGAGUAUUAGACACCAAAGUGUCUAAACACUUGAAAAAAAUCGUAGAACCUAAACGGAGUAGUACCCCACUGCCUUGUGGGUGGGAGGGGGGGUGUAGUUGGCACAUGACAGUUGGCACUGUCCAAAGACGAUUGAAAUGAAUAGAAGAAAAGAAGGUGAAUAAUUAUUAUUUAUUAUUUACAUUUUAUAUCCCGCUCUUCCUCCAAGGAGCCCAGAACAGUGUAUUACAUGAGUUUCUCCUCACAACAACCUUGUGAAGUAGGUUAGGCUGAGAGAGAAGUGACUGGCCCAGAGUAACCCAUCAAGUAUCCUGGCUGAAUGGGGAUUUGAACUCUGGUCUACCCAGUGAAUGAAUCCUCAUAGGGAUUAAUUGAGGGGAAGUCAUUAUACAACAAAGAAUCCAAACACUUGAAAACUAGUGAGUGCACAUUUUGCUCCAUAACCCCACUUCUACAAGGCCUAGA